AUGGCAGGGCUGCCAAGCCAAGAGCCCAACGAGGGCGAGUCGGCUCCCUCUCGUCGACCGAGAGCACCGACCAUCAACAUCGAUACCACGGCCGUGAGUCCAGGUGUCACAGCCGAACCAGAUGCCGAAGCUGGCUCUCAGCCUGUACCUACUUCUCCCGAGACGCACGCAAACCCGACGGACCCGACGGCAAGUUUAGACAAACGCAGUCUUUCCCAGAAACGACCUGAAGUGCAGGCCGCUCAGACCGCCGACGCGAAGGAUAGUCGCCCCACGAGCCCGCACAAUGUCAUCAACCCUCUUUCGUUCCGCGGGCCUGCCCCGAGCCAAAGCUUUCUGGCCGUCCCAAACACGCAGCGAUCGCGGCAGAAUUCAUUAACCUCGGGAGACGAUGCCCGCUCCGUAACCUCCUCGCAAGGGGAAACCAUGAUUGGCGGCUCAUCGACCGGCGAGAAGGGUAGCCCUCCAUUCGGCAGCAGGUCCGAGAACCACCGGAUUAUGAACGAUCAGGAUGCGCUCAAGCCCGACCAAGGGAAGGAAGCGGACUUCAAAGUGGAAAACAACCCGUUCGCCUUCAGCCCCGGCAUGCUGGGCAAGAUGUUUGACCCAAAGAGCCUGUCCGCCUUCUGGAAGUUGGGAGGUCUCGCGGGAAUUGAGAAGGGGUUAAGGAGUAACCGGACUACUGGCUUGAGCACGGACGAGACGACUCUGGAUGGCACCGUUUCCUUUGAAGAUGUCACUGCACGUGGUUCUUCUUCGAAGAAGGCGUUGACUGAAGGUGUCGAAACCUCGCCGGAUCAUCCGGGCGUCUCUCCGUCCUCGACGAAACAUGAAUCAGCGAACGAGUCGUUUGCGUCCAGGAGACGGGUUUUCCAGGACAACAGGCUCCCGGAAAAGAAGGGCAAGAGUCUCUUGCAGUUGAUGUGGAUCACCUACAACGACAAGGUCCUGAUCCUGCUUUCUGCCGCCGCUGUUGUUUCUCUCGCUGUUGGUCUCUACCAGACGUUUGGCCAAGCACACGACCCCGACGACCCGAGCGUUGAAUGGGUCGAGGGUGUCGCCAUCGUUGUCGCUAUCGCCAUCGUGGUGUUGGUUGGGUCCCUGAACGACUAUCAAAAGGAACGGCAGUUCGCGAAGUUGAACAAGAAAAAGCAAGAUCGCUUGGUUAAGGCAAUUCGGUCUGGAAAAACGGUAGAACUCUCGAUUUUUGAUAUUCUGGCUGGCGAUGUCCUCCUUCUCGAACCCGGCGAUAUGGUACCUGUCGAUGGCAUUCUUAUUGAGGGCUUCAGCGUCAAAUGCGACGAGUCGCAGGCCACCGGCGAAUCCGACAUCAUCCGCAAGAGACCGGCCGACGAAGUAUUUGCGGCCAUCGAAAACGGCGAGAGUCUCAAGAAGAUGGACCCCUUUAUCCAGUCUGGCGCCCGCGUCAUGGAGGGCGCUGGUACUUUUAUGGUCACCUCUACCGGAAUCCACUCCAGCUACGGCAAGACGAUGAUGUCGCUGAACGAGGACCCCGAAGUCACGCCCUUGCAGUCAAAGCUCAACGUUAUCGCCGAGUACAUUGCUAAGCUUGGCGGUGCCGUCGCUCUCCUCCUCUUCCUGGUUCUCUUCAUCAUAUUCCUGGUCCAGCUGCCGAGGAAAUACGCAGACUACACUCCGGCCCAGAAGGGACAGCGCUUCAUCGAGAUCUUCAUCGUCGUCGUGACCAUCGUGGUAGUCGCCAUUCCGGAAGGUCUCCCGCUCGCCGUCACGCUCGCCCUCGCUUUCGCUACCACCCGUAUGCUCAAGGACAACAACCUCGUCCGCCACCUCAAGGCCUGCGAGGUGAUGGGCAACGCGACGACCAUUUGCUCCGACAAAACCGGCACGCUUACCCAGAACAAGAUGCAGGUUGUUGCCGGUACGGUCGGCACCACCCAUCGGUUUGGUAUCACGACUCGACCGGAUCAGCGGGAUUCUAUGGAGAGAGACGUUGGCGUCCAGGAACUCGUCUCGACGCUUAACCCCGAUGUGAAGGACCUUGUACGUAAAUCGAUUGCGCUCAACUCGACGGCUUUCGAGGGCGAGGCGGACGGAGAGAAGACCUUUAUCGGCUCCAAGACGGAGACGGCGCUCCUGAUCCUCGCCCGCGAGCACCUGGCCAUGGGCCCCGUCAGCGAGGAGCGCGCCAAUUCCAAGGUUCUGCACUUGAUCCCCUUCGACUCUGGCCGCAAAUGCAUGGGUGUGGUUGUUCAGUUGGAUAACGGCAAGGCGCGUCUUUACGUUAAGGGAGCGUCAGAAAUCAUGCUGGAAAAGUGCACCCAAGUUCUUCGCGACCCUUCAAGCGGGCUGGCCUCUGCCACACUGACCGAAGAUAACCGCACGACUAUCAAGCAGCUGAUCGAGACGUACGCCCGGAACUCGCUCCGGACCAUUGGUCUCAUCUACCGGGAUUUCGACCGGUGGCCGCCCAAGCCCACUCGCCGCCUGGGUGCCGAGAAGGAUGAGAUCGUCUUUGAGGAUAUCUGCAGGAACAUGACGUUUGUCGGCGUGGUUGGUAUCAAGGACCCCCUGCGCCCCGGCGUCCGCGAGGCCGUCCGGGACUGCCAAAGGGCGGGCGUUGUGGUGCGCAUGGUUACUGGCGACAACAGGAUCACGGCCGAAGCCAUUGCCGAAGAUUGUGGCAUCCUGCAGCAGAACAGCAUCGUUCUCGAGGGACCCGAGUUCCGCAACAUGACCAAGGCUCAGCAAGACGAAAUUAUCCCUCGCCUGCACGUUCUGGCCCGCUCUAGUCCCGAGGACAAGCGUAUUCUGGUCAAGCGGUUGAAGGACAAGGGCGAGACCGUUGCCGUUACCGGUGAUGGUACCAACGAUGCGCCCGCGCUGAAGAUGGCUGAUAUUGGUUUCUCGAUGGGCAUCGCCGGUACCGAAGUGGCGAAGGAGGCGUCUGCCAUUAUUCUCAUGGACGACAACUUCAACUCGAUCGUCAAGGCUCUCAAGUGGGGCCGCGCCGUAAACGACGCGGUCAAGCGCUUCCUCCAGUUCCAGCUUACCGUCAACAUCACCGCCGUGGUCCUGACCUUCGUCUCUGCCGCCCAGAGCACCGACCAAGAAUCCGUCUUGACGGCUGUUCAGCUUCUCUGGGUGAACCUGAUCAUGGACACUCUGGCUGCGCUCGCUCUCGCCACCGAUCCUCCUCAAGAGAACGUCCUGAACCGCAAGCCCGAGCGCAAGGGUACAUCGAUUAUCUCGACGACCAUGUGGAAGAUGAUUAUUGGCCAGGCCAUCUGGCAGCUGCUCAUUACCUUCCUCGUCUACUUUGGCGGUGUCAGCGUUCUUCCCGGUCCCGAUGACAUGACCGAUUCGCAGAUUCACACCUUGGUUUUCAACACCUUUGUGUGGAUGCAAAUCUUCAAUCAGUGGAACAACCGCCGCUUGGACAACGAGUUCAACAUCUUCGAGGGCAUGUUCAAGAACCCCUACUUCAUCGCGAUCAGCGCCAUCAUGUGCGGCGGUCAGGUUUUGAUUGUUAUGGUCGGCGGCCAAGCCUUCCGCAUCUCUCCCGAUGGCCAGACCCCCGUCAUGUGGGGCAUUGCGAUUGUUCUUGGUGUUCUCUCUAUCCCGGUCGGCGUCAUCAUCCGCCUCAUCCCCGACGAGCUCGUCGAGAGCCUAGUCCCGUCGUCGUGGAAGCGCAAGAGCGAUUCCAAGAUCCCCGGUGUCACCGUGUCCGACGACGAUGAGCGCUUCACGGCCUACCCGGAGCCCCUCGCCGACGUCCACGAGGAGCUGGCCUGGCUCAAGCGCAUCAAGGGCGGCCGCCUAAACAACCUCAAGUUCGCCAUGCAACACCCCCGCGAGACCUUCCUACCUCGCCGGAGCCCCGCCCAGAGCCGCGAUCACUCGCGGUCCAACUCGACCCACCGCCUACCGCAAACACCAACUAGGGAGGAUAGUUUCGGCUCGGUUGUGGCCCCCACUCCUGAUUCCCGCCGGCGCAGCAGGAGCAUGCGCUCGCGGUCCAACAGCGCUCUAGGUGCAGCGACGGUCAUGACGGGUAUUGUUGCUGGCAGUAUCGCCGCCGGGUGGUCGCCCAUCGACCGCCGUGGCGAGCCCGAUUUCGGCCAGUUCCCGCAACCGAGCCCCACCGGGCAAGAGUCGAGGAACCAACCCAUUCUCGGGGAGCAGCAAGCCCUCUCCGACGAGCCGCAAGAAAUUGGCGAUGAGUCGCAGUCGGGCAACCAGAGCCCGUCUGGCGACGUACCCAUUCUCAGCGUCCCCAAGCCAAGGUCACCCGCGACCCCCACUCCCAAAUCGGAUGAGUAA